UUUCAUCAUACUUUUGCUCAUUUCUUUGUAUUCAUUUCCUGCAAAAUAUGAGAAACAUGAAACUCUUUCUUUUCCUUUAUCUGAGUGCUCUCAUGUCACUUGAAUCAUUCGGGAAUAGCCAUGAAAGUGAUAAGCAAGCACUACUCAAGUUCAAGUCUCAAGUUUCUGAGGAGAAACAAGUUUUGCUGUCUUCAUGGAACAACUCAUCUCCUCCCUGCAGAUGGACAGGGGUUACGUGUGGCCGCAAACACAAGAGAGUUACUGGUCUGGACCUCGGAGGAUUCAAAAUGGGUGGAAUGAUAUCACCCUUUAUUGGUAAUCUUUCGUUUCUCAUAUCACUUAAUCUCACUGAUAACUCUUUAGGUGGAACCAUCCCUCAAGAGCUGGGAAAGUUGUUUAGACUUGAGCACUUGGAUAUAAGCUUCAAUUUUCUGGGAGGAGGGAUUCCACCAAGUCUCUUCAACAAUUCUAGAUUGUUGGAGAUUGAUUUAUAUUCAAAUCAUCUUGGACAAGGUUUUCCUUCAGAACUAGGAUCAUUGAGUAAGCUUGUUUAUUUAGACCUUGGUCAAAACAACCUGAAAGGAAAACUCCCUGUAUCUCUAGGAAACUUGACAUCCCUCAGAGGACUUUCCUUUGGUGAAAAUAAGCUGGAAGGAGAAAUUCCUGAUGUCAUAGCUAGAUUGACUCAAAUGGAAAUUUUUUUAUUUGAUACAAACCAUUUAUCUGGUGUUUUUCCUCCUGUAAUCUACAAUUUGUCCUCACUUCAGUAUUUGACCAUGGGUGGUAAUUAUUUCUCUGGGAACCUGAGGCCUGAUUUUGGUAACUUAUUACCAAACCUUCGAGAUUUGUCUAUGGGAGAUAAUUUUCUCACAGGAGCCAUUCCAUCAGCACUUGCAAAUAUUUCAACACUUCAAUAUUUGGCCAUGGAGAUUAACAGUCUGACAGGAAGAAUUCCUCCGAGCUUUGCAAAAAUACCAUAUCUGCAAGAACUAUAUUUUAAUGAAAAUUCUCUGGGAAAUUUUUCAGCUGGAGAUGUUGAAUUUCUUAUUGAUUUGACCAACUGUACCCAACUGCAAAGCUUAGAUGUGUCAUGGAAUAGGCUUGGGGGUGACUUGCCUGCCUCCAUUGUCAAUCUGUCGAUGAACCUCAUCGUAUUUGACAUUGAAAACAAUUCCAUAUCUGGAAGCAUUCCUAAUGACAUUGGGAAUCUCAUAGGCCUACAAGAAUUUUGGUUGUCCGAAAAUCUAUUGGAAGGACCAAUCCCAGCCUCUUUUGGGAAACUUUCAGGAUUAAUGGCAUUAAGUGUCCACACAAAUAGGAUGUCAGGAGAGAUACCAUAUUCUUUAGGCAACAUCACUCGGUUAGAAACACUCUUUUUAUCCAACAAUAAUUUUGCAAGAAUCAUUCCUCCAAGUCUUGGUAAGUGUAGAUAUUUGCUACGUUUACAUAUCAACAAUAAUAAGUUGAAUGGUAUUAUACCUCAGGAGAUUAUGCAAAUUCCAACCCUUGUUUCCCUAAACAUGUCAAAUAAUUUAUUGACUGGUUCUCUACCAGAAGAUGUUGGACGACUUGAAAAUCUUGGUGAGUUAUAUGUUGCUCACAAUAAGCUUUCAGGGAAUCUCCCAAAGACGUUGGGAAAGUGUCUCUCGAUGGAAAAACUUGAUCUGCAAGGAAAUUCUUUUGAUGGAGUCAUUCCAGAUAUAAGUGGGUUGGUUGGUAUUAAGGCGGCUGAUUUCUCAAGCAACAAUCUCUCUGGAAGAAUUCCUGAAUAUCUCGCAAAUUUUAGCUUGUUGGAGUAUCUCAAUCUAUCCUUUAACAACUUUGAAGGAAAUGUGCCAACAGAAGGAAAGUUCAAAAAUGCUACUGUAGUCUCGUUAUUUGGAAACCAAAACCUUUGUGGAGGCGUCUUGGAACUGCGACUCAAGCCAUGUUUUACGCAACCACCAAGAAAUUCAAGAAAGCAACUUGUGAUUGGGCUAAGCAUAGGCAUAUCUUUGCUUUUGCUUUUGUUCAUAGCUUCAGUUUCUGUUUGUUGGUUAAAAAGCAGAAAGAAGAAAAAUGUCAAUGAAGCAACUCCUUCCACCUUGGGAGUUUUUCAUGAAAUGAUAAGUUAUGGAGAUCUCCGAAAUGCGACAGAUGGUUUCUCUUCGAGUAAUUUGAUCGGGUCAGGAAGCUUUGGUACCGUGUUUAAAGCCUUUCUGCCGGCUGAGAACAAGGUUGUUGCAGUGAAAGUUCUAAACAUGCAAAGACGUGGGGCAAUGAGGAGCUUUAUGGCAGAAUGUGAAUCCUUGAAACACAUUAGACAUCGUAAUCUUGUGAAACUGUUGACAGCUUGUUUGGGUACUGAUUUCCAAGGAAAUGAAUUCAAAGCUCUAAUCUAUGAGUAUAUGCCAAAUGGAAGUUUGGAUAUGUGGAUGCACCAAGAGGAAUUUGAAGAGAUUUUUAGACCCUCAAGAACGUUGACACUUUUGGAAAGGCUUAACAUAGCAAUAGAAGUGGCUUCUGUUUUGGAGUAUCUUCAUCUUAGUUGCCAUGAAUCUAUUGCUCACUGUGAUCUUAAACCAAGCAAUGUUCUUCUAGACGAUGAUCUAACUGCCCAUGUUAGCGACUUUGGUCUUGCUCGGAUUCUCCUCAAGUACGACGAGGAAGGCUUUAUUAACCAACUUAGCUCGGCUGGAAUCAGAGGAAGUAUUGGCUAUGCGGCACCAGAAUAUGCAAUGGGAGGAGAUAUAUCAGUACAUGGUGAUGCAUAUAGCUUUGGGAUUCUCAUUCUUGAAAUGUUCAGUGGAAAACGACCAACCGAUGAGAUGUUCGGAGGAGACUUUACCCUCCGUAGUGGCAUCAGGUCUGCAUUGCCAGAGCAAGUUUUGGAUGUGGCAGAUGAAUUGGUUCUUCAAGACGGCCUUAGAAUUGGCUUCCCUGUUGCUGAUUGCUUGACACAGGUUUUACAAGUGGGACUUAGGUGUUCUGAAGAGUCUCCAGCAAACCGCUUGGGAAUGCGUGAGGUUGUAAAAGAAUUAAUCUCAAUCAAGGAGAGGUUCUUCAGAGCCAGAAGAAGAGCUAGACGUUGAAGUGUGUGCUGUAUGCUUGCUCCUCUACAAACGUGAAAAUUUGUAGAUGUAUAAUAUUUCUUCAUAAUAUGCUUGAACGUUGUGAUUUGUGAACAUAAUGCUAUGUUAUUAGCGACAAAUGAUGAAUGUUGUGUUAGCAAUUUGAUACUUGGAAUCUAGAAUUUCUAUCGGUAAAACAUUGCUUUGGCAAGUGAGAUAUACAUGUUUACUAGAUUUUACAA